UUGACCUAAGCAGAUGUUCCAUCAGGACAAACUGCAGGCAAAACACCCUGGCCUUGAGCAGUUUGUGUAUGUGAGAAGUCUGCUGCCUUUGCUUUCCCUUCUUUCAUAGGACAUCUGGAAAAAAGGCUAUGAGAAAUGGCAGUGACCCUUCUUCUCCUAGCCUGUCUUUGGGGUAUGGUUUGGAGCUCAGAUCCUGCAACUUCAGACACAGCUGAAAUCAGGCUAGUUAAUGGUUCAAGUCGCUGCAGUGGGAGAGUGGAAGUGCUCCAUAAUGGAGAGUGGGGCACUGUUUGUGAUGAUGGAUGGGACAUAGACGAUGCCAAAGUUGUGUGCCGGCAGCUGGGCUGUGCAACUGCCCUAUUAGCCACACAUGAAGCACAAUUUGGAAGUGGAAGUGGCCACAUCUGGCUACAAGAUGUUGGAUGUGAAGGCACAGAAUCAGCUCUCAGUAGGUGCAAAAUAAGAUCUUGGGGAGGAAAUGCAUGCCAUCAUGGAGAAGAUGCUGGUGUCAUAUGCUUGGAGGUGAGGUUGGCUGAUGGUUCAGAUCCUUGCACUGGCCGGGUUGAGGUGUUCUAUAACCAACAAUGGGGAACAGUGUGUGAAAAUGGCUGGGACAUCAAUGAAGCUCAUGUCGUGUGCCGGGAAGUGGGUUGCGGUGAUGCUAUAGCUGCAAUGGGUGGAGCUAAGUUUGGACAAGGAUCUGGUCCCACUUGGAUGGAUGGAGUCAACUGCACAGGAUCCGAAGACAGUCUAAGCCAAUGCCCAGCAAAUCCCUUGGCAGAACACAGCUGUGACCACAGCAAAGAUGCAAGUGUAGAAUGUGCAGAGCCACCUGAGAUCAGGUUAGUGAAUGGUCCCAGUCAGUGCUCUGGGAGAGUUGAGAUACUCCAUGACAGACUUUGGGGGACUAUAUGUGAUGACGACUGGGACCUUGAAGAUGCUGAGGUUGUGUGUCGUUACCUGGGGUGUGGAACUGCUUUAUCCGCUUUGCAAGGUGCUCAUUUUGGAUCAGGACCUGGUCCUAUCUGGCUGGAUGGUAUUAAUUGCACAGGGACAGAGAAUGCUAUUAGCAAAUGCCAUGCAAAAGAGUGGGGAGAAAAUAGCUGUUUCCACAAUGAAGAUGCUGGUGUUGUAUGUAGAGAGGUCCGUCUAACAAAUGGCUCAAAGCACUGCUCAGGGAGGGUUGAAGUGUAUCACAAUGAGCAGUGGGGAACUAUUUGUGACAAUGGCUGGGAUAUACAUGAUGCCCAAGUUGUGUGCCGAGAGCUGAAUUGUGGAAAUGCCAUAUCAGCAUUAGGCAGAGCAGGCUAUGGCCAAGGAUCUGGUACUAUCUGGCUGGACACAGUUAACUGCACAGGAAAUGAAACAGCCCUCAGAGAAUGCCCCAAAAGUCCCUGGGGAGAGCACAGCUGUGACCACAGAAAGGAUGUGAGUGUGGAGUGCUCAGGUCUAAAUGAGGUCAGAUUGGUGAACGGCUCAAAUCGUUGUUCUGGAAGAGUUGAGGUGUUCCACAAUGGGCAGUGGGGGACCGUAUGUGAUGAUGACUGGGAUUUGAAAAGUGCCCAAGUCGUGUGUGGGGAACUUGAUUGUGGGGUAGCCUUGGCAGCCCCAGAAAGAGCUCACUUUGGAAAAGGAAGUGAUCCCAUCUGGCUGGAUGAUGUCAAAUGUAAAGGGACAGAAGCAGCCCUCAGGGACUGCCGGCUAAAAGCUUGGGGAAACAAUAAUUGCAACCAUGAAGAAGAUGCUGGUGUGGUGUGUUCAGCACUCAGACUGGUGAAUGGCUCAAGUGACUGCUCUGGGAGAGUGGAGAUAUUACACAGCCAUCAAUGGGGGACCAUAUGUGAUGACCACUGGGGCAUGAAAGAAGCUGAAGUUGUCUGCAGAGAAAUAGGCUGUGGUGCUGCUUUAAAAGCCCAUACCAAAGCCUGGUUCGGACAUGGAUCAGGGCCUAUCUGGGCAGAUGACAUCAACUGUGUUGGAACUGAAACUUCCCUCAGUGAAUGCACAUUGGGCCCCCGGAGUCCCAAGCAUUGUCACCAUGAAGAAGAUGUUGGUGUGGAGUGUACAGAGCCACCUGAGAUCAGGUUAGUGAACGGCCCCAAUCAAUGCUCUGGGAGAGUUGAGAUACUCCAUGACAGACUUUGGGGGACCAUAUGUGAUGAUGAUUGGGAUCUUGAAGAUGCCGAAGUUGUAUGUCGUUACCUUGGGUGUGGAGCUGCUUUAUCAGCCCCACAAGAUUCUCGCUUUGGAUCAGGAUCUGGUUUCAUCUGGCUGGAUGAUGUUAAUUGCACAGGAACAGAAAGCCGCAUCAGCAAAUGUCCUGCAAAACUGUGGGGGAAGCAUGACUGUUUCCACAAUGAAGACGCUGGAGUAGUAUGCACAGAGAUCCGUCUAAUGAAUGGCUCAAAUAGAUGCUCAGGGAGGGUCGAAGUGUAUCACAAUGGACAGUGGGGGACCAUUUGUGAUGAUGGAUGGGAUCUACAAGAUGCCAACAUUGUAUGCACAGAGCUGGAGUGCGGAAAUGCCUUAGCAGCAUUAGGAGGAGCACACUAUGGCCAAGGAUCGGGAACCAUCUGGCUGGACAGAGUUAACUGCACAGGAAAUGAAACAGCGCUCAGAGAAUGCCCCAAAAGUACCUGGGAAGGUCAUAACUGUGACCACACAAGGGAUGCAAGCGUGGAUUGCUCAGCCAUCCAGCAAGAGUGCAGCAAUCUCCAGGUGAAGCAGAAUUGGCAUCAGUGGAAAGAGACCAGGAGCAAGUUGCUUCCUCCAGUGAUCCCACGCGUGGAGUGUAUUGUCUUCAAUGAGGACUACUUGACAUGCGACUGGGGCAACAGGCAGAAACCAGCAAGCAACUACUCACUCUACUAUUGGUACAAAAGGCCCAUGGUAGAGUGUGAACAUUACAUCCAAAGUGAUGGUAUCAACACAGGGUGCUGGUUCAACCACAGCCAGAUUUUCUUGUCUCGUGCCUUCAACAUUUAUGUCAAUACAAGCCACAAUGGGAACAGCCAUGUGAUCCCCACCACCACCAUGUACCUGGCAAAUCUUGUGAAACCUGAUCCACCCGUUAACCUCACCAUCCAGAGAACAGGACACAACCAGGUGCUGCUGACUUGGUGCUCGACAUACAGAGCACCACACUGCCUGGAGCAUGUUGUUGAUUAUCUAAGCAACAAGGAUACCAAAUGGAAGAAGGUUACUACAGAAGAAAUGAGGCUCAUUUUACCUAGUGUGAACCCAGAGGAGAUCUAUACCUUCUAUGUCAGCAGUAAGAUAAGCAAUAAAUGUGGGUCAUCUGAUCUUUGGAGUGAGCUCUCUGGCCCUAUCACUUGGGAGAAAUACUCUACAAGAAAAAUGCUGAUUGUCCCCACAUAAAAGAAGAUUAUAGAUCUAGAAAAGGAGCAUCCAGAAUGGUCAACUCCAUUACAUAUCUGAUACCAGCACCCAGCUCCACCUCUAAUUUUUUUUAUUGUAACCUCCUGAUUGAGCUUUCAAUAUUUUAAAAUUGUUUAAAAUUGCUUUUUCAAAAAAAAAAGUUGUGAGCCACUUUCAUGGGUUCUUAUGUAUCCAAAAGGCAUUAUACAAAUCUGCAAACUAAAGAAAAUAAAUAAAAACAGCUGAUACAUACA